UGUAUUGAUGUGUACAAGUGCGCGCGCGUGUGUGUGAGAGCGCGACUCCCAUCUAAAUGAAUGGAUCCUGCUCGCGUAUGGACAAUUUUUUAAACACCGUUUAAUUCUGGAUUCAAUGCAUUUAUCACUCGUGACCAGUGAUGUCUUGGAUUCUGAUGUGGUCCAUACUUUCUGCUUGUGCACCACAGAUCCACAGUGCAUCUCCUCAGGAUUCUUCUACACUGCUGUCCACAGAAGGCCCACAAGCCUAUAAUCGCAGCCAGUACUGCCAAUGGCCCUGCAAAUGCCCCAAAACUCCCCCCAUGUGCCCACCAGGUGUCAGUCUGCUAAUGGACGGCUGCGACUGCUGCAGAGCCUGUGCCAAACAGGUCAGGGAGGCUUGCAACGAGAAAGAAAACUGUGACCAUCAUCGCGGCCUUUACUGUGAUUACAGUGCAGACAAGCCUAGGUACGAAAAAGGAGUAUGUGCGUAUCUGCCAGGUACUGGCUGUGAGCACAAUGGUGUGAUUUAUCGCAAUGGACAGAGUUUUCAGCCCAACUGCAAAUAUCAGUGUCUUUGUGUGAACGGGGCGAUUGGGUGUGUGCCGCUGUGUAAUGAGUCUCAGCCGCCCAGGGUUUGGUGCCAGAACCCACGGAGGGUUAAAGUCCACGGCCAAUGCUGUGAGCUGUGGAUCUGUGAUGAGUCCAGAAGGGGGCGCAAGACUGCACCACGACACACGAUGGCGGCUCUGUCCAGCGUGAAGAAGAACUGGCGUAAGAACUGUGUGGCCCAGACGACCUCUUGGAGUCCCUGCUCAAAGACCUGCGGUCGCGGCGUCUCUUUACGUAUCACCAACAACAACAAGAAGUGUGAGAUGGUCAACGAGAGCAGACUCUGCAACAUUCGGCCCUGCGAUGUGGAUAUCACGAAACACAUAAAGCCUGGAAAGAAGUGCUUGAACAUCUACAGAGCAGAGAAGCCUCAAAACUUCACCAUCUCAGGAUGCACCAGCACAAACACCUACCGGCCCAAGUACUGUGGAGUGUGUACAGACGAGCGCUGCUGCAUCCCCUACAAAUCCAAGACUGUUGAAGUUGACUUUCAGUGCUCAAACGGCCCCGGCUUCACCUGGCAGGUCAUGUGGAUCAACGCCUGCUUCUGCAACCUGAGCUGUAAGAACCCUACUGAUAUAUUUACUGAUCUAGAACAGUACCAUGAGAAGCGGGAGAUUGGAAACUGAGUGUAGAUACUUGUAUACUUGGAAAUCCAAAGACUUGGAUUUAUGAAAUUGAUCAUAUUUAAUAGACAGUUGUUUUGGGGGGCAUUUUUCUUUAUAUAAGACAUUUUCCUAUUGGAAAAAUUAAAAUAUAUGCCAGAGUAAUUGGAGGUUCAUUCCUCUGUGAUGACUUCUGAUAAAUCAGGGACUGAGCCAAAGGGUUGUGAGUGAGUAUGUAAGUGGUAUAUCUUAAUUUAUGUGAUUAUUUCAUAUAAUCACUUGCUGCAAAUACCAAAGUAGUACAUCAUAUUUUACCAUUGAAAAUACACUCACCGGCCACUUUAUUAGGUACAUCUUACUAGUACUAGGUUGGACCUCCUUUUGCCUUCAGAACUGACCUUAAUCCUUUGUGGCAUAGAUUCAACAAGGUACUGGAAAUAUUCCUCAGAGAUUUUGGUCCAUAUUGACAUGAUAGCAACACACACUUGCUGCAUAUUUGUCGGCUGCACAUCCAUGAUCUCCCGUUUCACCACAUCCCAAAGGUGGUCUAUUGGAUGGAGCUCUGGUGACUUUGGAGGCCAUUUGAGUACAGUGAACUCAUUGUCAUGUUCAAGAAACCAGUCUGAGAUUAUUCACGCUUUAUGACAUGGUGUAUUAUCCUGCUGGAAGUAGCCAUCAGAAGAUGAGUACACUGUGGUCAUAAAGGGAUGGACAUGGUCAGCAACAAUACUCAGGUAGGCUGUGGCGUUGACACAAUGCUCAAUUGGUACUAAUGGGCCCAAAGUGUGUCAAGUAAAUAUACCCCACACCAUUACACCACUACUACCAGACUGAACAGUUGAUACAAGGCAGGAUGGAUACAUCCUUUUACAUUGAUGAUAAUAAAUUAUGACCCUACCAUUCGAAUGUCACAGCAGAAAUCGAGACUCAUCAGACCGGGCAACGUUUUUCCAGUCUUCUAUUGUCCAAUUUUGGUGAGCCUGUGUGAAUUGUAGCCUCAGUUUCCUGUUCUUAGCUGACAUGAGUGGCACCUGGUGUGGUCUUCUGCUGCUGUAGCCCAUCUGCCUCAAGGUUCGACGUGUUGUGUCUUCAGAGAUGCUCUUCUGCAUACCUCGGUUGUAACAAGUGGUUAUUUGAGAUACUGUUGCCUUUCUAUCAGCUCAAACCAGUCUGGCCAUUCUCCUCUGACCUCUGGCAUCAACAAUGCAUUUGCAUCCAAAGAACUGGAAACACGAAAUGCAGGAAAUACUAAGAUAGUUACCUAAACUAGGGUUUUAUUCCUUUUUCUCGCAGCAAAGAGUCCGUGACACAACCACAGUGUAUUAUCUGCACCAAAGUUCUUGCUAACGAAUGCAUGGGGCCAUGCAAAUUAAUAAGACAUUUGCAGACGACUCAUCCCCAAUACUGUGACAAGCCCAGAGCAUUUUUUGACCGCAAGGCAAAAGAAUUGACAUGCACACCAAAAAUGAGAUGAGGGACGUCACAGCUAGUGACAAAAACUUUUAAAAACUUGCCAACUAAUUGGCAACUAAUAUAGGGUCAAUUUAAAGAUGCAAAGCCUUACGUUGUUCAGUUACAAAUGGCCUACUAAUGUUUUGCUUUUAUAUUUUACAUUAGGCUAAUAUUUGUGCAUAAGCAUAUCUAAAUAUAGUAAUAAACAUACCGUUUGUUAGAAAACAAAUCUUUUUGUCAUCCUUACUGCAAACUUUUACGAGUGAUAAUAUCAUUAAAUGUUGAGGGGGGCCUUACAAUGUUUUCCGGGGAAAAAGUGGGUCUCAGGCAAAAAAAAAGGUUGGGAACCACUGCAGUAGAUCAGCAGUUUCUGAAAUACUCAGACCAGCCCGUUUGGCACCAACAACCAUGCCACAUUCAGUCACUGAAAUCACCUUUCUUCUUUAAACUGCAGCAGAUCGUCUUGACCAUGUCUACAUGCCUAAAUACACAGAGUGUAGCUACCAUUUGAUCGGCUGAUUAGAAGUUUACAUUAACGAGCAGUUGAACAGGUGUACCUAAUAAAGUGGCCAGUGAGUGUACAUUAACUUUUAUGACAGUUUGUCACAUAGUGAUGAAUUUGUCUGUACAAAUGAUGUAAUUAAUAAGUAUCCCAUGUAAAAUGGCAAGUUCAUUGACUUCUGUAGUCAAACUCAAUUUAUGCAAAAUGUAUGCAUUUAUAAAUGUACAGUUUUUAUGUUUUCACAUUUAUGCUCUUAUAUGACACAUUUAGAAUAUCAUGCAUAUAACAGCUUUGACACAGAGUUAUCAAAUAAACACAGACGAAAAAAAGAAAUCAAGUAACCAGCUUUUUAUUUUCCUUUUUUUAAUAAAUACAAACUGUUAUUCCAUUAAAAAUGCAGUGCAUCAAGUUGUUUUACAUCUUUACAAAGCGAGGUGCCUUACCAAGCUGCAAGCAUUUAUUUUAGUGUAUGUGUGUGUGUGUCUGUGUGUGUGGAAGAGCAGGUGAGUUGCUUCUAUUCAUCUCUUUCCGAGCGAUCCUUCACUCUUUCAAAGCCUUGAGAAAACAAAAAAAGCAUCCAGUCCCAGUAGAGGAAUCCAUGGCACAUUUGUUCUGUUGUGCUUGAUUGCAUAGAAAUCAUCAUCAUCAUCAUCAUUAUCAUAAAAGUUAUAAACAAACAAAAUAUUAUAAUACUCAUAUACAGCCAUUGUCUUAUAUUCUUAUAUCUACAAAUUGGUUAAAUUUGAACUAAUCUCAAAAUUCAUUUGACCCCAUACAAAUCAUUUAAAAUCACUUUUAAGAGCGUCAAUCACAAAGUUACAAAUACAACCCAAAAUAACAGGACACUCCCAACAUGGAAAACGCAGGUCAACACUUAGGAAGGUUAGCAUCAUGAAGAAAAAAAAAAAAAAAAGGAAAUUCAUCUCUACUCUGUUGUCAAGCAAUCCCUCUUCCAGUCAACAAGGUCCAUUCAGCAUAUACAGAUUAUACAACUAAUUAUGCACUCAAACUAGCAUGUAAAAUGUGGUAUAAUGAGAGAAAACAAAUUGCAGACUACAGAUCAACAACCAAAACAAACCAAAAAAAUAAAA